AAUCCAACCAACGUAAUCAGAAGCAGAUGCAAAUUAAACACCUCCUCCUCGCACAGUUAACCCCUUUCUCCUCCUCCUCCUCCUCCUCCUUCCCCAACCACUCGCAACCAAAGGCGCACCAAACCGGAGCCAAUCCGAGCGCUCCGGCGGCGGAGGCGGCGGCGGCCGGACCUACUCGCUGCCGUGGGUGGGGGCUGGGAGGGAGCGGGCUGGUGGCUCGUCCCGUCCGCGAUGGACUGGGCGGCGGCGGGGUACACGGCGGCGGCGCUGGUGUGCGCCGCGGCGGCCACCGUCAUCGCGCUCGUGCACAUCUACCGCCACCUCCUCCACUACGCGGAGCCCAUCUACCAGCGAUUCAUCGUCCGCCUCAUCUUCAUGGUCCCGGUCUAUGCCGUGAUGUCGUUCCUUUCCCUUAUCUUACCAGAUAAUUCAAUAUAUUUUAAUUCUAUUCGAGAGAUUUAUGAUGCUUGGGUCAUCUACAAUUUCUUUUCACUUUGCUUGGCAUGGGUUGGAGGUCCUGGUGCUGUGGUGGUAAGUUUGAAUGGGCGAACCCUGAAGCCAUCGUGGUUUCUGAUGACUUGCUGUUUUCCAGCUAUUCCUCUAGAUGGGCGUUUUAUUCGGAGAUGCAAACAAGGCUGUUUGCAGUUUGUGAUUCUUAAGCCUAUUUUGGUGGUUAUUACCUUCAUACUUUAUGCGAAAGGAAAAUACGCAGAUGGAAACUUUAGUGUCAAGCAAUCCUAUCUAUACAUUACUAUCAUAUAUACAGUCUCAUACUCAAUGGCACUAUAUGCUCUUGCGGUGUUCUAUGCGGCAUGCAGAGAUCUGCUUCGGCCAUAUAAUCCUGUCCCAAAAUUCAUCAUGAUCAAAUCAGUAGUGUUUCUCACAUAUUGGCAGGGUGUCCUGGUUUUCCUUGCUGCAAAAUCUCGGUUUAUCAAAAAUGCUGAAAAAGCUGCUGAUCUCCAGAACUUCGUAUUGUGUGUUGAAAUGCUCAUAGCAGCUAUUGGCCACCUAUUUGCAUUUCCUUACAACGAGUAUGCUGGUCCCAAUGGUCGACCUUCUGGUGAUUUCAAGGGAAGCCUUCUGCAUGCUCUGAAGUUCAAUGAUUUCUACCAUGAUACUGUUCAUCAGUUUGCACCUACCUAUAACGAAUAUGUGCUGUACAAUCACAAUGAGGGAGACAGCACUCAAAGGAAGUAUCCUUCAGUGAGUACCGUGCCAUCCGGGCGGGAUGUAGAAUUGUCUGGCAUCUCUGUGAUGCCUGCGAACAGUGCGGUGACAUCAAGCGUAUCGUCAAACCAGGCAGAUCAGGAAGAAACAAUGAGCACCCCAAUCAAGGACAGAGUUGAUAAUGUAGGGCUUUACGACCUGACAGACUUGCUUGAUGUGGAUUUGUCUAACUACCCAGCCAAGGUUCCUGCAAUCUCUGAUGUAAGAAAACAAUGACAUUGUGAUGGCCUUUGGCGGGUGGCAAUCGGGGAAAUCGUGUUUUCCGUUUGAUCAUAGAUAACGCUGUAAAAAUGUGUGUAUUACUUCCCAUUGAAGGGAGCUAUUCAUGUCAGCACCUGUCUUACGGCCUCUCUGACUCGCUCUUUUCGCUAACUGUAAAAUGUUGUGAGCUUAAAGUGAAUUGAAAGUGAGUAAUACCAUAUCUGCAUUUACUGAUGGCAA